AUAUAAUUAAGGACAAAUGUGUCCAAUGGUGGUGCUGGAAGCAACACCCAUCCGGAACCGAGCCGAUGGAGGGAGAUAGAAAGAGAUAGCUGUAGUCCGGAAAUUCAGCAGCCGGGAAUUCAAAAACAAACGGCGACUGACAUCGUUGAUCUCCAUUCUUGAUUCGUCCGAACAACCAAGUUCCCAAAUCCCAAUUGCCCGGUACCCGUACAGCCGUACUCCGGUCCUCUCUUCAUCGCUGGUCGAACCCUCGAAUUCCAGAAGGCGCUAGCGUCAAGUCGGAACUCGGAACUCAGUCUUAGAGGGAGGCGAAGGCGCAGCUCGUUCGGUCGUACUCUUCGUCAGUCGCUCACGGCGGUCGCUGUUCGCACAUGCUGUUCUGCAGCUCUGCUCUUCGCCUGUUUCCCUCCGCCUGACCAGCGCUGAAUAUGGAGUCCAGUAUGGCUGUUGUGGGCAAUAAUUUGGAGCCUCAGGAUGAGAUGGAGUUUGAAUCUCAUGAGGCAGCAUACGAAUUUUACAAAGAAUAUGCCAAAUCAGUAGGAUUUGGCACUGCCAAAUUGAGCAGCCGUCGCUCUAGGGCUUCCAAAGAAUUCAUUGCUGCAAAGUUUUCCUGCAUUAGAUAUGGCAAUAAGCAGCAGUCAGAUGACGCAAUAAACCCUAGACCUUCUCCCAAGAUAGGCUGCAAGGCUAGCAUGCAUGUUAAGAGAAAGCAGAAUGGGAAGUGGUACAUCCAUAGUUUCAUGAGAGAGCAUAAUCAUGACCUUUUGCCAGCGCAAGUGCAUCUUUUUCGGAGCCACCGAAUUUCUGAUCCCAUCAAGAGUGAUCCCAAAAUUCGGAGGAGAAGGGUGCUUUCCACCGUGCCAAACCAGUAUGCCACCUACCAGAUCUCUAGCUCUUUUGAUAACAUAUUUACGAAUCAGCAUGGUAGGGGCCGUAGUUUGGCUUUAGAAGAAGGAGAUGCUCAAAUGCUGCUUGAACGCUUUGUGCACAUGCAAGAAGAGACUCCAGGAUUCUUUUAUGCAGUGGACAUGAAUGAGGAGCAUCGACUUAGAAAUGUGUUUUGGGUUGAUGCCAAAGGCAUGGAUGAUUAUGCUAAUUUUAGAGAUGUGAUCUCGUUUGAUAUUUCAUAUUUCACAAAUAAGUACAGGAUACCAAUGGUCUAUUUCGUUGGUGUAAACAAUCACAUCCAGCCAAUAUUACUGGGAUGUGCAUUGAUUGCCGACGAGUCAGUGCAUACCUUUUUUUGGUUGUUUAAAACAUGGUGCUUGGCAAUGGGUGGGCGAGGCCCAGAUGUAUUGCUCACUGACCAAAACCUUGCCAUCAAAGCAGCUGUUUCGGCAGCUCUUCCCAACACCCAUCACUACUUUAGCUUGUGGUGUGUUUUGGAGAAGAUCCCUAGGCAUCUUGAUUAUCUUAGCCUGUGGCAUGAUCUUUUCAUUGCAAAAUUCAGUAAAUGCAUACAUAGGUCACGCGAUGAAGAACAGUUUGAAAAAAGAUGGUGGAAAUUGCUUGAUAGAUUUAGUCUUAGAGAUGUUGAAUGGAUUCAGUCAUUGUAUGAAGAUCGCAAACAAUGGGUUCCUACUUUUAUGAAGGGAAUCUCUUUUGCUGGCUUAUCUACUGCUUCCAGAGCUGAAAGUAUGAACUCUUUGCUGGACAAGUAUAUCCACAGUGAUACUUCCUUGAGGGAAUUCAUGGGAAAGUAUAAGCUAACCCUUGAGGACAGAUACGAAGAAGAAGCCAAAGCAAACUUUGAUGCAUGGCAUGAAACUGCUGAGUUAAACUCUCCCUCGCCUUUUGAGAAACAGCUGUCUCAAAUAUAUACUCAUGAAAUAUUUAAGAAAUUCCAAGUUGAAGUCUUGGGAGCAGCAGCAUGCCAUCUUAAAAAAGAAAAAGGUGACAUGACAAUGACAUAUGCUGUUAAAGACUUUGAAACUGAUUUAGAUUACAGUGUGGAGUGGACUGAAUCAAAUCUGGAAAUAUACUGUUCUUGUCAUCUGUUUGAAUACAAAGGUUUUCUUUGUAGGCAUGCUAUUGUGGUCCUCCAAAUGUCAGGGAUUUUCAAAAUUCCAGUUAAAUAUGUUUUACAGCGUUGGACCAAUGUUGCUAAAAGCAGGAUAUGUAUCAGCGAAAAUCUGGAUGAUGUACAAUCCAAGGUCCGCCGUUAUAAUGAUCUAUGCCGGCGAGCCAUAAUAUUGGGUGAAGAAGGGUCGCUUUCUCUAGAGAGUUAUAAUAUUGCAGUUGGUGCUAUUAAAGAAGCUAUGGAACAGUGCUCAAAUGUAAAUGGUUUUACUAAUGUGGACUUAAGACAUGGCAUGCUUUCGACACAUGUCAUCCAGGGCAUUGAAGAAGCAAAUCACAAAAGCACAGUUUUAGCUAAAGAGCAUGUGUCUGACAUUGAAGUUUCACCCACAAGUAGAGGGUCAAAAAGAGUUGAUUCUUGGAAUGAACAGGAAGGUAAUGGAAGCCAUGCUAAUAAAAAGGGAAAGGGGCCAUUGGAAGUGGAUGCCUCAAAUAUCAGUACACAAGCAGUGUCUAACCAAAUGGUUUGUCACACACUCACACUUUGAACCCCAUUCUCAAUUUGAAAAAUACUUCGUAUUUAUUUGCGUUUUAAUGAACCUACACAUGCACUUGAACUUUUAGGCAAAUAGGCAAAAUAACACCUAUUGUUUUAAAAAAUUAAGUUUUAGUUCAACAUUAAAAUGAAUGUUUUAUCUGUUGUGAAAUGGCAACCGAGUACACACCCCUUCAUAUUGUAUCUCUCAUAAUGCUAACUUUUGUAAGGUUAUGAAAAGUUACAUUACCUUUGUCCCAUUAGGGUUUAAGAGGUGUAAUUUAUGAUAAAGCUAAGUCUUCUAAUUAUAGUAAAUUAGUAUUACUAAUUAAAACUACAAUUUAGAAAUUGCACUAAAAGUUCUACUGAAACGUAAAAACGGAAUUCAAAUAUGAUAAAUUUCAUACUCAAAAUAAGAGGAUAAAAGAAAGCGUGUUAACUACAUAAAUAGUAACACAGUAAACCUUUUAGAGAUGGAUGGAGUAUCAAAAUUGUUUCAAUAGGCUACAAUCCGUGUAAGGGGAGCUGAUUGAGACUGUGCAAGGGUUCCAAAACUCAAGGGUAAAUUAAUUAGGUCAUCAUCACCCCAGUGCCGUAAAGUCUCCCAGCUAAAGGUGGGGUAAGGGGGGUCACAUGCAUGCAACCUUACCUCUGUACUAAACUAGCAUAAAGAGACUAAUUCCGAAUGACAUGAUGAAUAUUGCGUCAAAAAUUGCAUGGAUUGACUCUUUCAUAACAAAGAAGCGCAGACAGUUUAGUUUAGUGAGUCAUUUUGCUUUAUUCCAUCAUAUUCCCAAACCAAAAAAUUAAGAAUCAUUGGCUUCAUUGCAAAUGAUGGAAAAGGUAAAUUAAUUAGAUAUGCAGUAAAAAUAAGCAAGUGCUAUCAUGAUUUUUUUUUGAUGUUAGGAGCCUAGGACUGGAGGAAACAUAUAGCAGUGUUGUAUUCAUAUGGUCAUGUUACUGCUUUUUUAUCGUCCUACUAGCCAAACAUUUUUCAAUUAUGUGAAUAUCUUACUGAGUUUUCACUGGAGUAGGAUAUGUGUAGUAACUUGGAAUGUCAUACAUUCUGCCCAAGGUUUCUUACAACUUUACUGACGAGUGGUGAGGGUAACAAAAGAAGUGUGGAACUGCUUGGUGAAAUGUUUGAGGAACAAAGCUAAAGGUUCUAUAUACAAUUAUGGGUCGUGAUCAAGCACAGUUUUACGGUCUUUUUCUCAAGAAUACAAUGUACAAUAGGUAUUCCCCAUUUACUAGUUCAUUAUUAAAUAUCUGACAAUUGCUUUUAAUACAGUGAUGUUAAUUAGCACCCAUAUUGUUUUGAGAUCACUUUUAUUUCAAUUGCGAC